GAGCAUUCAAGCCGAGCACGCCGCCUUCCGGCAUGCUGCAGCACAUUAUAAAUACCUGGCCAGACACACCAGCUGAAUGCAUCAGUUCUCCAUCUUCCUCUUCCAAAGCUCACUAGAGAGAGCUGAAGAAGAUGGCGAACAAACACUUGUCCCUCUUCCUCGUCCUCCUUGGCCUGUCGGCCAGCUUGGCAUCCGGGCAAGUCCUCUUUCAGGGCUUCAACUGGGAGUCGUGGAAGCACAAUGGCGGGUGGUACAACUUCCUGAUGGGCAAGGUGGACGACAUCGCCGCCGCCGGCAUCACGCACGUCUGGCUCCCUCCGGCGUCGCAGUCCGUCGCCGAGCAAGGCUACAUGCCGGGCCGGCUCUACGACCUGGACGCCUCCAAGUACGGCAACAAGGCGCAGCUCAAGUCCCUCAUCGGGGCGCUCCACGGCAAGGGCGUCAAGGCCAUCGCCGACAUCGUCAUCAACCACCGCACCGCGGAGCACAAGGACGGCCGGGGCAUCUACUGCAUCUUCGAAGGCGGCACCCCCGACGCCCGCCUCGACUGGGGCCCCCACAUGAUCUGCCGCGACGACCGGCCCUACGCCGACGGCACCGGCAACCCGGACACCGGCGCCGACUUCGGGGCCGCCCCCGACAUCGACCACCUCAACCCGCGCGUCCAGAAGGAGCUCGUCGAGUGGCUCAACUGGCUCAGGACCGACGUCGGCUUCGACGGCUGGCGCUUCGACUUCGCCAAGGGCUACUCCGCGGACGUCGCCAAGAUUUACAUUGACCGCUCGGAGCCCAGCUUCGCCGUGGCCGAGAUAUGGACGUCGCUCGCGUACGGGGGUGACGGCAAGCCCAACCUCAACCAGGACCAGCACCGGCAGGAGCUGGUGAACUGGGUGGACAAGGUUGGCGGCAAAGGCCCCGCUACCACGUUCGACUUCACCACCAAGGGCAUCCUGAACGUGGCCGUGGAGGGCGAGCUGUGGCGGCUGCGCGGCACCGACGGCAAGGCGCCAGGCAUGAUCGGGUGGUGGCCCGCCAAGGCGGUGACCUUUGUGGACAACCACGACACCGGCUCCACGCAGCACAUGUGGCCCUUCCCGUCUGACAGGGUCAUGCAGGGAUAUGCCUACAUCCUCACGCACCCAGGCACCCCAUGCAUCUUCUACGAUCAUUUCUUCGACUGGGGCCUGAAGGACGAGAUCGAUCGCCUGGUGUCAAUCAGGACCCGACAUGGGAUACACAGUGAAAGCAAGUUGCAAAUCAUAGAGGCCGACGCCGAUCUUUAUCUCGCCGAGAUCGACGGCAAGGUCAUCGUCAAGCUCGGGCCAAGAUACGAUGUGGGACACCUCAUUCCGGGAGGCUUCAAGGUGACCGCACACGGCAAUGACUAUGCCGUAUGGGAGAAAAUAUGAGCAAAAUUGCCGAAGGAGCUCUACAAUUUUUUCCCUAUGUGUACGUGAUACAUAUUGGUCCGAGCUCAUGUUGUCCACAUAGUAUUUAUUUAGUACUUCAUCCAUGUAAAAGUGAGGACGAGGGGCAUCCAUUGUAUUCUCAAUAAAUAAUAAUCAUUUCAUAUUUUCAGUA